AUGAGCAUCGAGACACUAGAGAGCAAGACUGCUUCAUCAGCAUCAGCAUCAGCAUCAGCAUCAGCAUCAACAUCUGCUACUGCAUCUGAAAAUAUCUCCGAAGCCAAAGAGGUCAUCACACCAACACAGAUACCAACACCAGACGAAGAGAACGAGAAGGAAAAAGACACAUCCAAAUCUUCAAUCUACUCCCCAGCAAACCUACUCUCAAGUCUCCUCUCUCCAUUCUCUUUCUCAAGCACGUCCCCGGAGCCAACAACCACAAUACCUCCAAGCAACAACAAAGAAAAAGAGUCCAAAAGUCCAACUAAAAUAUUAAUCGAAACCUCAACCUCAGACUCAACAACACAACCAACCCCAGAACCAUAUUACACCCCGGAAGAAACACCCCUGUACAAAACCCUCUACAAGACCCGUCUGACCAAAACCCGCACAAAACAACUCCUCCGCGCAGGAGAGCGAGCAUACAACGACCCACCACCUCCACCAGGGCUGGGUGAUUGUUGUGGCAGUUCGUGUGAUCCUUGUGUAAGGGAUUUGUGGAAGCAAGAGAUUGGAAUUUGGAGGGAGAGAUGGGGGGAUUGGGGGGUUGAAGACGGGACGGGAGUUUCGAAAGAGAAGAAGAGUGAGAAGAAAGAAGUGAAAUUGGCGAAGAGGAAAGAGUUGGAAUGGUGA